CUUUACUAAUUUAAAAGCAACGAGCACUAGCCAUAGCCAGGCCACCAACCACACCGACACCGUCUAGUCCAGGGCUCAGCUAAGCAAGCAUGGCUUGGCUGCGAGUGCAGGCUGUUGCCGUCGUCCUAGCUCUGCUAACGGCCGGCGGCGUCACGCACAGCUUCGAGUUCCAUGAGGCCACCGUGGACGCCAUCCAGCUCGGCUUCCGCAACGGCAGCCUCACCUCGGCCGCCCUCGCCCGGUUCUACCUGGACCAGAUCCGCCGCCUCAACCCGCUGCUGCACGCCGUCAUCGAGGUCAACCCGGAUGCGCUCUGGCAGGGCGCACGCGCCGAUGCCGAGCGCCGUCGCGGCAUGGCCACGGGCGCGUUGCAUGGGGUCCCCGUCCUGCUCAAGGACAACAUCGCCACCCACGACGCUCUCAACACCACGGCCGGCUCGCUGGCGCUCCUCGGCUCCAUGGUGAAGCGCGACGCCGGCGUGGCGGCUAGGCUGCGGCACGCUGGCGCCCUGGUGCUCGGCAAGGCCAGCCUCUCCGAGUGGGCCAACUUCCGCAAUGUCAAAAACGGGUGGAGCACGCGCGGCGGCCAGACGCGCAACCCAUACGUGUUGUCGUCCGACCCGUGCGGGUCGAGCUUCGGGUCGGGCGUGGCCGCGGCGGCGAACAUGGCGGCCGUGACAUUGGGCACCGAGACCGAUGGCUCCAUACUCUGCCCGUCAUCGUUCAACUCCGUGGUCGGCAUCAAGCCCACCGUCGGGCUCACCAGCCGCGCCGGAGUCGUCCCCAUCACCCCUAGACAAGACAGUGUCGGGUUCUGAAGAAAUAUGGGCAUUUUGAGUGGCUCGAUGAAUAUGUUGAAAGGUUGAAAUUGGAGGGAUCAACCCCAACCCAAGAGCUCAAUUUUGGGGGGCGGCUUGCCGUGGAACAAGCCCCCAAUUUGGCGGACAGAGCCGAUCCGAUGAUGCACAGUGCAGAACUGAAGUGUGAAUUGAAGAAAAUCGGCAAGCAACUAAAGCAUCUGAUCGAUUUGAAGCAACAAGCAAAUAUGAUGGCGGGAGCAUUUUAUGGUUGUGUCAUUGCUAUGGGUUUAUUUUACUUGAUGUUCAUCAAUCGCUAGAAUUUGUUAUAGUUUCAGUUAGUUAGUCAGCUAGU